CAUUUUCUGCCUAGAUAAUUGUUAAUUCCAUAGAGAAGCGCAUGGAUUUCUGUGGAGGGGGCGGGAUGGUCGUGCACAAGAAGAGAGGAAACUGAAGUGCCCAACAGCAUAUGAAAUGAUACCAUAGCUACAGCUCAGUUACUCAUGACCCAGGGAAUUCACCCAAGCUAAGGAAUCAUGACACUGGAGGACAUGGACCCAGACAACACGAAUGGAUCAGUACUGAAAAUGGAACCCAUUGCUCAGCCUUUGGAGGAUGAAACCAGCAAGGAACUACCAGCCAAGACAAAAACAUCAUGCUGCACAGGGCUGAAGGCCUUCUUUGCUGCCCUAGCAUUCAUCUUCUUCAGUAAAGUAUUUACCGGGGCCAUCAUGAAGAGUUCCAUCACGCAGAUGGAAAGGAGGUUUGGCAUUUCCUCCUCUACAGUUGGCUUCAUAGAUGGAGGCUUUGAAACAGGUAAUCUGUUGGUGAUCUCAUUUGUAAGUUACUUUGGAGCAAAACUUCACAGGCCAAGAAUAAUUGCCCUCGGCUGCUUUAUCAUGUCCCUUGGGAGCAUUUUAGCAGCAAUGCCUCACUUCAUCAUGGGACGUUAUAAAUAUGAAACCAUUUAUCCGGCAUCAGACAAUUCAACAUUUGGAAUCUCUCCCUGCUCAGCAGAUCAAGCACUUAAGGAAUCAAAAAGGAUUCCAGGGUUAGGCUGUGAAAAGGAGGAUUCUUCUUAUGCAUGGAUUGCUGUCUAUAUUGGGAACAUUUUACGUGGAAUAGGUGAAACACCAAUAACUCCACUGGGUAUCUCAUACCUGGAUGAUUUUUCUAAAGAAGAAGAUACACCUAUGUAUAUAGGUGGUUUGCACACCAUAGCAAUGAUUGGUCCCAUCGGUGGUUUCCUCUUGGGGUCUCUAUUAGCCAGAUUGUACGUCGACAUUGGUUUUGUGGAUUUGGGCACAAUCACCAUAACUCCAGCUGAUUCCCGUUGGGUAGGCGCAUGGUGGCUCGGCUUUUUAGUUGCUGCCGUCCUCAAUCUGACAGCCGCCAUCCCCUUCUGCUUCCUGCCGAAAAGUCUGAACAAGGACGGAGAGAACCCUCAUAGCAAGACAAAAACGGCCACAGUGACCAUGGAUGGUGAUCAACAGCAAAUACAGAAGUCCGAAAGUCAACAAGGAGUGGACUGGGCAGGAAAACUUAAAGGUUUCUUUAAGUCUCUGAAGAGAAUAUUCGGUAACAAAAUGUACUUUGUAUUACUGUGUUAUUCACUGCUGCAGUUUAGCAGUUUUAUUGGUUACUUGACAUAUAAUCCAAAAUACAUGGAGCAGCAGUACGGCCAGACAGCAUCCAAGUCUAACUUUAUAACAGGUGUAGCUGUCUUACCAGUUGUGAGUAUUAGUAUCUUCCUAGGAGGGUUCAUCAUGAAAAAGUACAAAUUAAGCAUCGUUUCUGCAGCAAAAAUGGCAUUUUUAUCAGCUUUUAUGGCAUUCCUCAUUUCACUUCUUUACAUUGUUGUGGGCUGUGAGAACCGAACAGUGGCUGGAUUAACAGUAUCCUAUGAUGGACAACCAGUUGCACGGGGCACAAUUCCGUUAUCUUCAGCCUGCAAUGCCAACUGCACCUGUGCCACAAACCAGUGGGAUCCCGUCUGUGGAGCCAAUGGAAUCACAUAUGUGUCAGCAUGUUUUGCUGGAUGCAAAAACACAACAGGAUCCCAGAAAGACACAGUUUUUCAUAACUGUGACUGCAUUGAAAAGGCAGAUUUUGCAACAAGAAAUUCCUCUGCAGUUUUGGGAGAAUGUCCAAGAAGUGACGGCUGCACAAGAAAAUUUAUUUAUUUUGUAGCAAUAAAAAUUCUGAGUUCAUUUUUCUAUGCAUUGGGAGGGACACCCCUUUACAUGGUCAUGAUUAGAUGUGUACCUCAAGAGCUGAAAUCCCUCGCAAUUGGCAUUAACAUCCUCAUUAUGAGAGCGCUGGGCGGGAUUCCAGCCCCAGUUUAUUUUGGUGCAGUGAUUGACCUGACCUGCUUGAAGUGGGCAAGCACUGGCUGUGGGCAACAGGGAGCAUGCAGGCUCUAUGAUUCUACAGCGUACAGAUAUUAUUUCCUUAGUCUAAUUUAUGGCUUAAGGGCUCCAGCCUUUCUGCUGGGAUUAGUGUUUUUCUUGCUUGUAAAGAAACAUUUUGGAGGAAAAGGCACCCCAACCCCUGAAAAUGGAAAGAAAGAAGAUGUUCCUUUGAAUGAAGAAGCAAAGUCAAAUGGCAAUGAACUCGUGGUACGCCCUUCAGAUGGAGACAAAGACUCUUGCAUCUAGGAAAAAUAUCCAGAAGCCUAUAUUUAGGGCCAUUUAGAGCUCUGCUCACAUCCAGAGCCUCCUACAGUUACAUUAAAACUCAAAUAAAAAUGGUGGGAGAUUCAAUCAUGCAUCACUACAUAUAACAUGUAGUUUGGCCCUGAAUCCCAACCCAGAUACUUUGCAGUACCCCUGCUAAUGGGACAAAGAGUCCUCUUUUAAAGGGAUGGCUCUCUUCUGUUUAGUAGAGGGCAAGCAACCAGUGUUCCCUCUAACAGGGAAUGCCAGAGGUUGUUGACUACAACCCCCAUAAUCCAAAGGCCAUUGCAGCUGGGGAUGCUGGGAAUUGUAGUCAACAAUAUCUGGGAAUCCCUGUUAGAGGGAACAGUGCAAGCAACUGUUCCUAUUCAACCCCAACAAAGCAUUCCUCCAGUGGUUGUUCCUGGUGUCUAUCUACCUUCUGUUUCUGUUUUAGAUUGUUAGCCCUUUGGGGACAGGAAACCUCCUCCUCUUCUUCCUCCAUAAACUGCUCUAAGAGCCGCCUUCUUCUUCUUCUUCUUUUGCUGAAAAGUGGUAUAUAAAUAGCAACAGCAGCAGCAAUAAUAAUAAUAAUAAUAAUAAUAUAGCUAAACAGUAUGUUGCUAAAAAUUUCCCCAGAGCUGAGUUUAAGGGCCUUUUCACACAUUACAUGACAGCAAACUGAUUUGUCAGUGAGUUGCAUCCAACUGGGUCUUCCUGAUGCAUGUGCCUGUGUUCAUGAGUUGGAGACAAAGACUCUUGCAUCUAGGAAAACAAACUAAUGAGUUCACAAAGUUUUUGUUUGUUGCAUUUAUUCAUGACCUUUCUUGGUGUAUGCUUAAACAUCUGUAUUGUGCCACAUAAAAAUGUGAUGUGUGAAUUGAUUAAAUGUCAAAAUGAUGAUCAAAA